AGGAACAUGAAAUGUUUCUGUGUGUCCAACACUGUUCAAGGCUCCUGCAAGUCCGUGGACGCUGAGACUACGUUUCCCCUUCUGUCUGGGAAGUCCCUCUACAGUCUAGCCCGUUGACCAGUCCAUGAUAAAAAUGAGAGGACAGAAGCUGUUUCUACAUAUGAUACAAAUGUCUGUCAUGAUGAGUUUCUUACCGAUACAGACGACUCACGGAGAGCAGCAGUAUACAGAGGAGCCCUGCACUAUUCAGAUCCUCGUCCCUGGACUCAAAGGAGAACCAGGAGAGAAAGGACUGAAAGGAGCAUCGGGCAGACCGGGGAGAGUCGGGCCUCCUGGAGAAAUCGGCAGACCUGGGCUGAAUGGACAAAAAGGAGUUAUGGGACGUUACGGAAAAAUGGGCCCCAGUGGACUGAAAGGGGUGAAAGGAGACCUGGGGGAUCCAGGUCCGAUGGGCCCUAAUGGAGAUCCAGGUGUUCCAUGUGAGUGCACACCAAUGAGGAACAUGAUUGGAGAAAUGGACAUUCUCGUGGCCCAGCUAUCGUCUGAACUGAAAUUCAUUAAAAAUGCACUGCCCUCCCCUGCAGCUGUUGCUGGCAUAAAAGAGACAGACAGUAAAGUCUAUCUGUUGGUGAAGGAGGAGAAACGCUACUCCGACGCCGAGGUCUACUGUCAGACGAGGGGAGGGCACCUGGCCAUGCCCAAAGAUGAGGGAGCCAACGCGGCCGUCGCCGGGUACAUCUCUGAGGCGGGCCUGAGCAGGGUCUACAUCGGCAUUCACGACCUGGACCAAGAGGGCGUUUUCACCUACGUGGAUCGCUCUCCCAUGACCACUUUCACCAAGUGGAGGAAAGGAGAGCCCAACAACGCCUACGACGAUGAGGACUGCGCUGAGAUGGUGGCCUCUGGAGAGUGGACCGACGUGGCGUGCCAGCCCACCAUGUAUUUUGUCUGUGAAUUUGACAAGGACAGUGUCUGAGUGAUGAUAAAUAUAAUGCAACAAAAGUUAGGAAUAUAUAUAUAUCUGUAUGAUUUUUCUAUGUGUAAAUAUGACAAAAUGACGUGCAAGUCGUGCAAACUUGUAUUUUUCCAUUUUUAUUUCCCACAGUCUAAUUAGCUAUUUAUUUUUAUGAACUCACAAAACAACAUGAGUUUUUGUUCUCUUUUACUUUUUAGCACAGCCAUAAACUCAUACACUGUGAAACCCCACUGUUCCCGGCAGUAUGCAGGGCAAUAACCUCAGUGUAAUAGUUUUUAUGCUAUGCAAACUAUACACUAAACAAUAUUUGCUACAGUCAUAAACAAACCAGGCAAAUGAGCAAAUGCAGAGGGCUGUGGAAUUUGUAGAAAAUUGGAAAUCAUUGCUUUUAAUCAGAGAAAUGGAAAACAAAUGUAAUGUUCACUUUUAUAUAACAAGUGAGACGGUGGUUGUUGUGCAAUAAACAUUCACUACUAAUUUUAAAAA